UAAUUAGGGGGUUGAAUCCCUAAAAUGCCCGCUAGUAAUUUGCACCCAGAGGUGGUUUGUGCGUUAGUAUCUAUGAAUUGAAAUGGGGCGCACAAUUACUCCCUCUGCGUUUACCUCCUCUAAUGCUCUAGCCACCUGAGGAUGUGUCCCAAACGACUACUUUGUAUAUUUAAUCAUUUAAAGUCCUCUGUGAUGUAAAAACGAGCGGAUUGACUUGCAAAAUGUGUUUAUGUCUCUCAGAGAGUUUGACUACAACGACUGUAGCCUACUCCCUUUACAUUGGUCCUAAUUUAUAAAAGCAGUAGCCUAUGCAAAAUGCUGCUUUUAUAAAUUACAAAAUGGACCACUUUUACUAGUUCUUUUUUUUCAAUGAGAUGCACGUCUAUAUAUCACACACACACAUAAUUUUGGUUUAGGCUACUUUUUUAUUUUAAAUCACCAGCUAACUGCAAAGUUGUGUCUUAAAUGGGCAAAUGACUUUAAUAUAGGCUGUGUUCCCCCAAAGUAAUCCCCUCUUUAGUGUAAGAACAAUUUAUUUGGGAUCACAUACACAUGAUUGACAAGUUUAAUAUACAGUGUGCGAAUAAUUUAAAUCUGUCACCAAUCUGUUUUGGUUCGUUUCGCGUAACCCAUUUUGGUGUCUCUUGCACAAAAACAAAACGCUAACGGCUUUAUUAUACAUUUGUGGCGUUGCACCUAUAGUAACUUGAUAAAUAAUAACAGUAGUUAUGUAUCGUUCAAUACAAACAGCUGUUAAGCAGCUGUUGCUAUGGUUUCCUCAAGCAAAUGCAAUUUCUGUUCGCGAGUGUAGGCUGUACAUUUAGCGCACUCCGACUAACUUGCGCGGCUACUGAAACGUUAUUUGAAAACGUAUGUUUGUAUGUAAAAACAAAACAAACUCGUAAGACCUCCGAAUUUUUCUUUGAGUUUAUUAGGGAGUAAAACCCCCAUAAUUCGCACCCUGAAGUCAUUUAUUGCAUGUAGUAAUCGAGAUCAUGUCCAGAUCUAACAGCGUGAGCCCACCCGGCGCUGGCGCUCCUGGACUGAGGGGAGGGACGGAGCACAGAUCCGCUUGGGGCGAGUCUGAGUCCGUGGCGAACGGAUGUCCAUACUCGGCCAGAUCCUCCUGCAAAAAGCUCAUACGGUCCAACAGCCGGUGGAGAGAGGACGAUGACUUCGAGCGACAACCGGGCCGAGCCACGACCACCGUCAGCCGGGUUAGUUUCAGAUCCAAGUCUGCCUGGCAAGAACACGGGGAGGAGAGCCGCAACAAUAACAGAUCUUCCCCGAGGUACCGAGAUGGAGAAGUGAGACCCAAGUCCGUGGAGCUGGGUUUGGAGGACAGGAGAACCAAAUCCAAACCAGAGGAGGAGCUCAUGCCUGAAGUGAACUUUUCCAUGAGCGCGUGCUGCAACGGCGUGAUGCAGAUUUUCAAAUCCAAGAAGUUCCAGUCGGAGAAGUUGGAGAGGCUUUACCAGCGCUACUUCUUCCGACUCAACCAGAGCAGCUUGACGAUGCUCAUGGCCGUCUUGGUGCUGGUGUGCGCGGUGAUGCUGGGGUUCCACUGCGCUGGAGUAGUGUGUCGGGUCACUUACGUGGUGGUUUUCUCCACGGCAAUCUUGCUCAUCCUCACGCUGAUGGUCGUGUGCAACAGGAACGGCUUCCAUCAGGAUCACAUGUGGAUAGUUUGCUAUGUGCUCAUUUUGGUGGUGCUGACUGUACAGGUGAUCGGUGUGCUGCUCGUGGAGCCGCGCAGCGCGUCUGAAGGCAUCUGGUGGACUGUGUUUUUCAUCCAUGUCAUUUACACACUUCUGCCGGUGAGGAUGAGAGCAGCGGUCAUCACUGGAAUUAUACUGUCUGCCAUACAUGUGCUGGUCUCAUGGAAGUUAAACGAAAUGGACAUCUUUUUGUGGAAACAGAAGUUCAUAGCCUACAUUUUCCUCUGCCAACUAAAAUUCCAAAAGAAGCCAGAGCAUCAGACUUUAUAA